AGCAAAUCAAGAAAAUCCCAAGAAGACCUUACACAUUUCCAUGACUUCUCUUUUACUGUAUGCAAAUGGUAAUGGAUGUGUAAUGUAAGGCAUCGAAACUCACCACCUACCACUGAUAACUCCAUCCCUUCUUCUCUUAUUAUCUCUUCCCCACUACUCCACAAGAAAAAAAUCCACCCCAUUCACCACAAUUUCCAUGUCCAUCAUCUUCUUCUCUCUAGCACAACAAACAUCAACAAGGACAAUUGCCACUACAACAAUAAUCCCUUUUUCUUCUUGUCACUUUUGGCUUUGGGUUCACAGAAAGCUCCAUCCCAUCUUAGAUUUGCUCUCAUAUUUGCCCCCCCAAGAGAGGAAAUCUACUCUUUUUGGCUAUAUAGCUUCAUUUUUUGACACUAGAAUUGAUUUGGGUUUCUUGGGCAUUGGUUCCUUUUGACAUUGGUUUUCUGGGUUUUGCUGGUCUGAGAUCUGGUUUCUAAGAAGUUAAUAUGGUUAAGAGGUUUCAAAGAUCUAGACUUUGACGGCUGCUCUUUUGAAGUUCAUUGCAGAGAGGUUUUGGACAUUUGGAAGAAUAAAAAAAAAUGGCCAAUGAUCUCAACACAGAAAUGUCCAAGAAAACUGCCAUUCUUGGUCUCAAGGUGUGGGAAGUGAUUGGGAUUUCUGUAGCAUUAUUUAUCAUAAUUAUACUCUCCAUGUUGUCAUUUUGCUUAACUUCACGAAAGAAGUCAAGAAGAGAUGGAAACAAGCUUCCUCUUAGCCAAAUCCCAACUGUUUCAAAGGAAAUCAAGGAAGUUCGUGUGGAACAAGUAUCAGCGAAUGAAUUUGUUCCUCGUGAUGGGAUUCUUCUUACAAUUCAUGAUAAGACCAGCGAUAAAGAAUCAGACAAGGUCAUGGUCCAUCUGGGUAUGGGGAAAGUGAAGAAUGGAGACAAUAGCAGUCAAUCGGGUUCUUUUCAUAAUUUAGAUAAAGAUUGUGGAUCACAAUCAGGUGAAGAAGGGAGUUCUGGUACAGUAACAAUAUACAAACCUUCUUCUUCAUAUCCUAUCACUGCUCCAUCUCCUCUAAGCGGCCUGCCUGAAUUCUCUCACUUGGGUUGGGGUCACUGGUUCACGUUGAGGGAUCUUGAGCUUGCGACAAACCGGUUUUCCAAGGAAAAUGUCCUUGGGGAGGGUGGAUAUGGAGUUGUCUAUCGGGGACAUUUGAUCAAUGGCACUCCCGUCGCAGUGAAAAAGAUCCUGAACAAUUUGGGCCAAGCAGAAAAGGAGUUCAGGGUGGAAGUUGAAGCGAUUGGCCAUGUGCGCCACAAGAAUUUGGUUCGCCUUCUGGGAUAUUGCAUGGAAGGGACUCACAGGAUGUUGGUUUAUGAAUAUGUCAACAAUGGAAAUUUGGAACAAUGGCUUCAUGGAGCUAUGCGCCACCAUGGAUAUCUUACUUGGGAGGCCCGCAUGAAGGUUCUACUUGGCACAGCUAAGGCUCUUGCUUAUUUGCACGAGGCCAUUGAGCCAAAGGUGGUGCAUCGAGACAUUAAAUCAAGUAAUAUAUUAAUCGAUGAUGAUUUUAAUGCCAAGGUCUCUGAUUUUGGCCUGGCCAAGUUGCUUGGAGCUGGCAAAAGCCAUGUAACAACUAGAGUUAUGGGAACAUUUGGAUACGUGGCCCCUGAAUAUGCAAAUACUGGUCUUUUGAAUGAAAAAAGUGAUGUUUAUAGCUUUGGGGUAUUGCUCUUGGAAGCUAUUACUGGAAGAGAUCCUGUUGACUAUGGUCGUCCUGCCCAUGAGGUAAAUCUUGUUGAUUGGCUAAAAAUGAUGGUUGGAAGUAGGCGGUCUGAAGAAGUUGUAGAUCCAAAUAUUGAGGCAAGGCCAUCAACAAGAGCUCUAAAGCGGGCCCUCUUGACUGCUUUGAGAUGUGUUGAUCCUGAUUCCGAAAAAAGACCUAAGAUGGGCCAAGUUGUUCGAAUGCUUGAAUCUGAGGAGUAUCCUAUUCCAAGAGAGGAUCGUAGACAUCGAAGAACACAUGGAGGAGGUAGUAUGGAGAUUGAAUCUCAGAAAGAGAAUUCUGACACUGAUCGCAGUGAUUACCCGGGUUCAAGACCAGAGAGCAGGCGAAUAUAAUAUGGUGACAUGGUGUUUAGGGAAGGGAUUUGAGGAACUUAUAAACUGAGGUGGAUAAUUCUUACAAUUUUUUAGGCUCUUUAAAUUCUUGGGGUUGCCUCUAUAUAAAGCUGUUGAUACCUAGGACAUGGGAUGGGGUAGGAAGUGAUAUUUUUUAUUUUUUAUUUUCUUUCUUUUUUUUAUUUUGUUGUUUUCUUUUGGCUCUUUUUUUUCUCUCUUUUCUUAAUGUAGAUGGAGAAAUGAAUGAUUUGUUUAUGUAUGGAAUUGGUGUUGUGAAGAACCCAUGUCAUUGGAGGUGUGUACAGAAUUGGUUAGCCUUUUCAAGAUUGUUGAUCUGAUGUUCGGACCAGCAGAAGAGACUCCCAAAUGGCCACUUUGAUAGCUAAAUCUUCUGUUACUCUUUAUUAUCAUAUUACUCCCUAGUGAACAUAGAAACAAGAGUGAUUUGAGAAAAUAUGGACUCCCAUUUAGUUUCUUUGUUCAGAGCUGCAAAUGAAAAGUAGGUGAUGAUGAUUGAAAUCUUGAAGUCCUUGCCUUCUUUUUGAAGGACAAAAUUGUAGAAAUCUUUCAAGAAAAGAUUUAAUGUAGAAUGGUUUUUUGACAUAAUGAAAUAUUUGCAGUAUAUGAUA